UUCGUAAAUUUCAGUGUUGCGGCUUUUUUACAUGGUACUGUAUGAAAUUAACAGAAACAUCCAAAUACAAAAAACUGUUUUUUUUUUGCAAAAACAUCCGUCGCCGCAAAUUCCUGAACAAUUCGAAGCAGGCUGUGGUAGAAGCAAAUGGUGUGGCGAUAAAUUAAUUCAUAAACAACUGUCCUUUCGUUAAUAAAAAUGGAUUUCAGAAAGAUGAUUUUCGAAAUGUUUAUCGAUCUGACUAACAGAUGUUACAAGCAUCUCCCAACCUGGUUGAAAACUGCUUUAGCAAAAAGAUUAGAGUUAACUUUGUUUCUCUCACUAUGUUGUUCCCUUACCUUUUGGUGCAUUGGCUUCUUUUUUGUUAGGAUACCAGUUAAUGUAAUGCUUGGAAUGAUAUUUGUUGAAAAAAGUGAUUCCAAGUAUGACAUGUACGUUAUAGGAAAUACUGUGGUGCGUAUGGCUGUCCUGCUGUUUGCCUUGGUUAUGUCGUUGGUGUGGUUUAGUAUAUGUUUUUUGAUUUAUUUGCAUAUGGCUCUUACAAACACACUGAAUAUGGAUGAUUUGUUUGAAUUUGAUUUAUCAUCAGGAGGUUCAUUCAAUUAGUUGUUAUGGUGGCGGUUUCAUUUUUAUUAAUAUAUGUUUAUUAUUUUUAUGUAAAUCCUAAAGCUAGUCUAUCGAUUAUGAAAUAAUUGUUAAUAUCAGUUUUACCAGUUUUAUCUAAAGAAUUUUAAAUACCAGCACAUUAUAGAUUGUUUCAAUAA